CAAGAAGAAGAAGAAGAAGAAGAAGAAAAGGGAGCAAAAAUUGUCUGCCUCUAACAUACAUACACACAGAGGAGAGAGAGAGAGAGAGAGAGGGAGAUGAUGAUGCCAUGGAUGAGAGUUUUGCUUGCAGUUUGGUUAUUGGCGACGCAUGCGGAGGGGAUGGUCCGACACUACAAGUUCAAUGUGGUGGUGAAAAGGGCCGACAGAUUGUGUAGCACGAAGCCCAUCGUGACGGUCAACGGGAGGUUCCCCGGCCCGACGAUCUACGCCCGGGAAGACGACACGGUGCGGGUCAAGGUGGUGAACCACGUCCGCUACAACGUGACCAUCCACUGGCAUGGAGUCAGACAACUGAGGACGGCUUGGGCCGACGGACCGGCGUACAUAACGCAGUGCCCUAUUCAGCCAGGACAAGUCUAUACAUACAACUUUGCUGUCACCGGCCAACGGGGCACGCUUCUCUGGCACGCCCACAUCCUGUGGCUGAGGGCCACCGUUCACGGCGCCCUGGUCAUCUUGCCCAGGCGAGGGGUCCCUUAUCCAUUUCCCAAGCCCCACAAAGAGAAGGUGAUCGUAUUAGCUGAAUGGUGGAAGUCGGACGUGGAAGCGGUGAUCGAUGAGGCCAUGAAAUCUGGAGCAGCACCCAAUGUCUCCGAUGCUUACACCAUCAAUAGCCAUCCGGGACCCGUCGCCAAUUGUCCCAAGGAUGGAUACAAAUUGGCAGUUCGACCGGGCAAGACUUACAUGCUGCGGAUCAUUAACGCGGCGCUCAAUGAGGAGCUCUUCUUCAAGGUCGCCUGCCACCAACUCACGGUGGUCGAGGUCGACGCCACCUACGUCAAGCCUUUGCGCACCGACGCCAUCCUUGUCGGCCCGGGCCAAACCACCGCCGCCCUCCUCACCACCAACCACUCGACUGGCAAGUACCUGAUCACCGUCUCCCCCUUCAUGGACGCCCCCAUCGACGUCAACAACAUCACCGCCACCGCGACGUUGCUCUACUCCGGCACGUCGAAGGCUUCCCUGGUGGCCCCCACCACCCCACCGCCCAAGAACGCCACGUGGGUGGCCGAGAGGUUCGUUGGCUCUCUGAGGAGCCUAAACACAAACACCUACCCCGCGCGAGUCCCGCUCGAGAUGGACCACUCCCUGCUCUUCACCGUCGGCAUCGGGGUCAAGCCCUGCGCGACCUGCCCGAGCGGCAUCCGGGUCGUGGCCGACAUCAACAACAUCAGUUUCGUCAUGCCCAAGACCGCGCUUUUAUCGGCGCACUACUACAAGACGCCCGGCGUCUUCACGGACGAUUUCCCCGCGAAGCCAUUGAUAGAGUUCAACUACACGGGGAAGCAGCCGGCGAACCUGAACACCAUGAGCGGGACGAGGCUAUACAGGCUCACGUACAAUGCGACGGUCCAGCUGGUCCUGCAAGACACGGGGAUGAUUGCGCCGGAGAGCCACCCGAUCCACCUCCACGGAUUCAAUUUCUUCGCGGUGGGAAGAGGGCUGGGGAAUUUCGACCCGGUCAAGGACCCGAGGAAGUUCAAUCUCGUGGACCCGGUGGAGCGCAACACCAUUGGAGUCCCGUCCGGUGGGUGGGCGGCCAUAAGGUUCAGGGCCGAUAAUCCAGGGGUUUGGUUCUUGCAUUGUCACCUAGAAGUGCACACGACAUGGGGACUCAAGAUGGCAUUUGUCGUCGACGAUGGGGAAGGCCCCGACCAGUCCCUCCUGCCCCCGCCGAGCGAUCUCCCCAAGUGUUGAAACAGUCGCCGAGGGGACAUACAGGAUUUUGAGUUAGUGUAAGGAAUGAGGAGUGCAUACUACAGCAUAA